CUAACAACAGAGAACACGGUGUCAAGCACAAGCAGGAAAUGGGUGUGUUUCAGUGCACAAACUUGCUCUGACUUCCCCUGUGCAGUCAUUCCAGUGUGAUCAGCUGAGGCGUGAACCAUGUCUACCCUUCUUAUAGUCGUGGGACUUGUUGUAGGUGUUGCCUACAUAUACCGUCACAUUGUGGUGAAGGGAAAACAGUGCACCAGCAAGGCAAAGCUGCAUGGGAAAACUGCGAUUGUGACUGGCAGCAACACAGGUAUUGGCAAGGCUACAGCCAUCGAUCUGGCUAAAAGAGGAGCCCGAGUCAUUCUGGCCUGUCGCAACAAGCAGAGAGGAGAGACUGCUCUUGAGGAAGUCAAGAGGGAGAGCGGCAGUAAUCAGGUGGUGUUCAUGCAGUUGGAUCUGGGAAGUCUCAAGUCCGUUCGCAUCUUUGCCGACAACUUCUUAAAAUCUGAACCCAGACUGGAUCUCCUCAUCAACAAUGCAGGUAUUUACAUGCAAGGUCGAACUGAGGACGGACUGGGGACAAUGUUUGGCAUCAACCACAUCGGUCACUUCCUGUUAACCAACCUGUUGCUGGACCGGCUGAAGGAGUGUGGACCAAGCAGGGUGGUCAACGUGUCAUCAAUGGCACAUAAUUUUGGAAAAAUUGAUUUUGACUGCCUAAACACACAAAAAGCUCUGGGACUAGGGACGUCAUUCAUGGAUGUUUUACAGAUCUACUCUGACAGCAAGCUGUGCAAUGUCCUGUUUAACCAUGAGCUGGCUAAGAGACUGCAGGGAACUAAGGUUACCUGCUACAGCCUCCAUCCAGGGGCUAUCAACUCCGAGCUGGCGAGGAACACCAGCUCAGUAAUUCAACUGCUCAUGAAACCUGUGACUGCUUAUUUCUUCAAGAACACUGUCCAGGGAGCCCAGACUACCUUGCACUGUGCUCUCCAAGAGGGCAUUGAACCUCUCAGUGGACGCUAUUUCUCCAACUGCACUGUGAGAGAAGUCUAUGAUAAAGCCAAAGACGACGCUGCCGCAAAGAAGCUGUGGGAGCUCAGUGAGAGACUGUGUGGUCUCCCAUAAAAAAGCUUUCCAUCAACUUCUUGAUAUUGGGUCGUCAUUGUUUACCUACCUAAUAUGCACUGCUUCAACAUUCCUCUACUAAUACAACAAAGAAGGAGCCCACUAGACAGAUGCUCUGGGAGUUAACAGAGCAGUUUUUACCAUGCUGUUUAAGUUGAUUAUUUUGUGUAUUGUAUGUGUAAGGUGUGAACUCUGGCCUGAUAUAAAUAAACAAUCUAGUAAGUGGUUUGUCACUGGUUUGGAUUGGGCAGGGUGUGGUAGAUAUAGGUGAUGACAGGUAUUACAUCAAACUGAAUUUAACAAUGUGUCAAAAAGAAUCUGAUGACAGACACAUUUAGUUUAUCACCUCAAACCACACCCACACAUAACUGAUGCAGAAGUCUUUUUAAAUUAUCUACAUACAUUUAUUUGGUGACUGUAGCUCAGGAGGUAGAGCAGUUGUCCACCAAUCAGGUGGUCAUGGUUUGAUUCCCAGCACCUGAUCCCCUGUGCAGUCUGCAUGUCAAAGCAUCCUUGGUAAAAUAGUGAACCCAGAUUUUCUCCUGGUGGCUGUAUGGCAUGUGUUUGAGCAUAUGAAUAGUUAUCCUUCAUGAUGAGCAGGUGGCACCUUGCAUGGUAGCCUCUGCCAAAAGUGUAUAAGUGUGUGUUUGAAUGGGAGAAUGUUUCAUA